AAUUAGUAUUCAGAUAGAUUCGAUAGGGUUUCACCGCAGAUCGAAGAUUUGUGAAGAAAGCGUAACCCUAGGUUGACGACGACGACGCAGAGAAGAAAGCCAAUCCAAGAGCCGGCGGACGGACUUAUCUCUCACUUAAAGAUGUCAAGCGCUUGGACAAAAAUGAGCUUUUGGAAUGAAUAGGGAAUGUAAAUGGGGAGUGGGAGAGAUCAGGGUGGAGUUUUGGUUGUUUGUUUAUAGUUGGAGGUUCUUGAUCACUCUAGAAGAUCUCCAUCUGCAAAAUUUUAAAGAUGAUGAAGAGAUUGAUUUUUUUUGAAACAAAUUAUAGCUGUGGAGCUUUUUGGAGAAUAUUGCCAAUGGAGCUUGUGCAGCACUGCUCACCUAAAGGAUUGCUCUCUUGGUUGGCUUAAUGGGGUUAAUAUUUGCUCAAUAGCUGAAAAUGAGCAGCGGUCGCUUUUCUAGGAUGAUUUACGUUGGAAAUCUCCCUGCUGAUAUAAAGGAGUGGGAAGUCGAGGACAUAUUUUACAAGUAUGGCCGCAUAUUGGAAGUUGAACUAAAAAUCCCUCCACGUCCUCCUGCUUAUUGUUUUGUGGAGUUUGAGAGCUCUAGGGAUGCUGAAGAUGCAAUCAGGGGCCGAGAUGGCUACAAUUUUGAUGGUUGCCGUUUGAGGGUUGAGCUUGCUCACGGUGGUAGAGGGCCAUCCUCAUCGGGCGAUCGUCGUAGUAACUAUGGUGGUGGUGGCGGAGGCGGGGGUGGAGGUGGGGGUGGUGGAGGCCGUAAUGGCAUUUCACGCCACACUGAAUUUCGAGUUAUUGUUCGGGGACUUCCUUCAUCAGCUUCCUGGCAAGAUUUGAAAGAUCAUAUGCGAAAAGCUGGUGAUGUGUGCUUUGCUGAAGUUUCUCGUGAUAGUGAGGGAACAUUUGGUCUAGUUGAUUAUACUAAUUAUGAGGAUAUGAAGUAUGCUAUCAGGAAGUUAGAUGACACAGAGUUCAAAAAUCCUUGGACAAGGGGCUAUAUCCGGGUGAAGGCAUAUGAUAGAAGUCCAUCACGAAGCAGAAGCAGAAGUAGAAGCCGAAGUCCAAGGAAGAAGAGAAGCAAGUCUUUGGAACGAUCGGUUUCUAAGUCACCAUCAAGAUCUAGAUCUGCAUCUCCUGUCAAACCGGCCAGACUAAGGUCCAAGUCUAGGUCCAGGUCCAGAUCCAAAUCGAGGUCCGGAUCUCCUCGUCAGGCUCGGUCAGGGAGUGCUUGAUUGAUGAUUCUAAUAAUUGAGGUGGUGACAAUUUAGCUAUUACUUAAAUGUGGGCACUUUUUGUGAAACCUCUAAUAUUAUUAGUCUUGUUAUUUGUGGUGUUUUGGAGAAACCAGAACUUAGACUACUUAAAUUCUUGUUUAGAAAAAUAUAUUUGUUGGUUGAAUUGCUAGUAUGUUUUGUUUAUUGAAGAAUUUGAGAUUUAUCUUUGUUUUUUAACAA